CCCGCCCGCCGCCAUGCCGCGCCGCGUCGCCACGGCAACCGCUCCGCCAUUACCCGCGGCGGGAGGCGGCCCCGGGCCCGGCUCCCGUUCCCCUUCCGGGGCGGCGGGCGCUGCACAUGGGCCGCGGCAGAAUGACAGUGAAGAGAAAGAAAAAACAAAUUCACGAGGAACCUGAACAGAAAAAUAAAAGAGUGAAACGUAGUGGGAGCCAGACUAUCAUUAACAUUGAGAAAGGCAUUCCAAGUGUCAUUAAAGCAGGGGAUGAUGACCGGUUUGAGACAAAAACAAAGGCCAGGAAAAAGGAAAGUUUAAAAGAAGAUGAAUGUUUAGAUCAAUUAAAUCUGAAGAAGAAAAACAAAAAAAAGAAAGUUGGCUCUGAAUUACCAAAAGAAACACGUUCAGAAAGCUUUGUGAAUGUAGAAGGCCAUCUGGAUGUAGAACAACAAGAGGAAUCGGAGGAACAAAUUAAGAUUUUCAAAAAGAAGAGAAAAAAAGAUCGACGCCGUGCCUCCUUCUCACUGGAGAGUAAUCACAGCAGUGAUGAGCUUUCAAAUCAUUAUACAGAUGGUACUCAGGGAAAUGAACUUUUUUUCAAAAAAAGCAGAAAGAAUGUCACUUUGAAUUUGAAACUGGGUAGUGAAGUAACUAAGAAAAAAAAGAAGAAAGAUGUUUUUUCUUCAGCAUUAGAGGACAUCCAGGACAAUGCAUAUAAGCAUUCUAAAAAAGACUGUAAAAAAACAAACACAUGCAUUUCAGAAGAGAAAGCUGUUAUUGAUGAAAGUCGUGGAACACAUAUUACUCAGAGUGAUGAGGAAGGUUGUAUGAGAAGAAAAAAGAGGAAGAAGAAGAAAAAGAAGCCUGACUCCUUUUUACCUCUAGCAGGUAAUCAGGAUAUCUGUGGAGUUCAUGAUAGAACCACUGCAUUAAGUGACUUCAGAAAAAGACAAAGAAAGGAAAUUACAUUCACGGAUAAAGAGGAAGAAGAAACUAUUGAGAAUUCUGAAAUUAUCAGAAAGACCAAGAAGAAGAAGAAAAACAAGAAAAGCAAAGAUGUUUUCUCCUUAAUGUGUGAAGAUAAGCAAGAAGUUGAGUCUGAGCAGGAAGAACUGUCUGGAAAAAAAUGCUGGAAGAAUAACAAAGAUAAUAGUGAAGUAACCAAGAAGAAGAAGAAAAAGAAGAUUCAAAAGGACAAGGAAACUACUUACUCAAAAGUUUCUUUAAGCAAUGACAACGCAUCUAACAGCCAAAAAAUAACACUAUUAGAAAGCAACAAAAAGAACAAAGAGACCGAAAUGAAGCUAGCAGAAUGUGCCACAAGGGACAUUGUAGAUACAGUAUUAUGCAAUUCCAAUCACAUGCCCUGUGACAAAAAAGGGGAAAAAAAAGUACCACGGGACUCUGCAGAAGAAUCAGGUUCAAAAGCAACUAUAAAACAGAAAAAGAUCAGAGGAGAAGACAUGGGAAAAGAGGCAUCGGAAAAUAGUGAUGAUGUAACUAUUGUGCAGGAAAAAAAAGGAAACUGUGAUGAAGUUAAUAUAGACAAGGCGAGGCGGCAGGCUCUACAAGAAGAAAUUGAUAGAGAAUCUGGAAAAACUGAAGUUUAUGGUUCCAAAAUGCAAACGAAUACAAAGAUUGGCCAGUGGAGUACAGCUGCUUUUCAAAGUUCUGAGCGAGGAAUGAAAUUUCUUCGACUGAUGGGUGGUUUUAAAAAGGGCUCUGCACCUACCCAAGAUCUCUCAGCAACUACAAACAAACCAAACAUGGCUCUGAACAAGGAAGGGGAGGAAAAAUUACAGCAGGCUCUGAAGAUGGAAUUUGAUAAAGCAAUGGACUUGAAACAACAUAGAAGAAUCGGUCUUGGAUUUCAGCCUGCUGCCACCAAAAAAGUGUACAUAGACAAAUAUACAUCUAGAUCUAUAAAAUUUGAAGAUUAGAACUCUGAAGCAAUAAAAAGAAUGAAAAUUAAAUGGGUAAAUUUCACUUCCCACAAUUUUUUUUACUUGAAAUAAAAUUUGACAUGUUCAACAAAUUUGA